UUGUAAAUUGGAUACAAUGAUUCUAUUUUCAUCUCUUCUCUACCUCUCACAGCCUCCACGCCACCCUCUAACCUCUCAAGCCUCCACCAUUGCAGACCCUCAAUCUCUGGUCAUCUUUUUUCAAGCCUCCACCCUCACAGCAUUCGGCGGUAAUUUUUUUCAAGCCUCCACCAUUGCAGCACUCACCGGUCAUCUUUUUUAUCCAACCUCGCAUCAGUCACCGCCGGUCAUCUUUCUUCUUCCAGCCCUCGCAGCAGUCGACGCUGAUCUAGCAAUGGGAAGGCCCCCUCUUUUCCCCUACCCUGCCAUUUUUUCCUAACAGGAUUUAUGCCUGACACUUCCCAAAGGAACUCCUAAGCCUUCAAAGCCAGGGUGUCUCAGGUUAAGUGGUGAAGACAGUUCAUGCAUCAAAAAGUUGUGUACAUUUUCACAGUGGUCUUAAAAUCUUUUGAGCGAGAACGGUCCGUACAAAUACCAGCAAACACUUACAAAAACUGUGCGAUUUUGGAAUUUGGAUUGCUGACAGUUGUUGAUGCCGUUAAGAUGGUAGAUGAUGACGUUUUAUAUUAAUCCACUUGCGGAAGCAUUUAUCUUUCUGUUCAUUAUUCGUUCCUCAGCUUCCAUUCGAGCUCUUGACCCAGGUGCCUGUCGUCAUUGAAACAGCAUCGUCAUCCUUGUGUUACCAGUUCAUCAGCAACACUGCAACAGUAGGAAUCAAAAUUUAGUUGCAUGUCGGGGCCUCCUUCUCCAGUGAGUUGUGACGUCUUCUUCUCCUUCCCCUUGUCACCUCAGCAUCUGGUCUCUAUUAUCGCUGUUAACGAAAUUUGUCAACUCCAGCAAUGAUUGAUUAAGAGUGGGUUUUGAUUUUUCGGAAUAAGCUUCAGAUUUGUGGAUUACAGAUGUACUGUUGAAUAGUAUGUCUCGUAUUUCUUGGUUCAUGAGAAGUGGGUGCAGACACUGCGGAUUGAUAUUCUGAUUUUUAGGACUGUCCACUAGUGGUCUCAUUUCAAAACAAAAGCUGGAAAUGAGGUCUUCACGAAGUCUUCAAGUUUGGAAAUUGGGAACUGUCAACUACUUAGAGGCACUUAAACUUCAGGAGAAGCUGGUUGCCGAUCGAAAGGCUUCUAAGAUUCCUGAUACAAUACUGUCCCUGCAACAUCCCCCUACUUACACCCUCGGUAAACGUCGGACUGAUCAUAAUUUAUUGAUCCCUACAUCUGAACUCCAGAAGAUAGGAGCUGAACUUCACUAUACUCAAAGAGGCGGAGACAUUACAUAUCACGGUCCGCGUCAGGCUGUUUUAUACCCAAUUAUUUCUCUUCGUGAUAUUGGUCUUGGUGCCAGGAAUUAUGUGGAGAAACUUGAAUCGACUAUGAUUGAAUUGGCAUUACUAUAUGGCGUGAAAGCUUGUGCUGGACAAAAAGGUGAGACUGGGGUUUGGGUUGGAGAUAGAAAAAUCGGUGCGAUUGGAGUUCGUAUAUCGUCUGGUAUUACUUCUCAUGGAUUGGCAUUUAAUAUUGAUCCUAAUUUAAACUAUUUUAAGAAUAUUGUACCCUGUGGGAUUGUGGAUAAAGAAGUAACAUCUUUGAGAAGGGAGACAGGUGUUGUGCUUCCUUCUGAUGAAGUAAUUCAUGAGCAGAUGAUUUCUUGUUUUGCACGAAUUUUUGGUUUUAAUAGUCUUAUUUGGAAGGAAAAUAAUUCAGUAUUAUUAGAUAAUGGGAAGAGUGAAAGCUAUGCGACUGAUAAUGCUUCAUUUUCAUGUAAUGAGAAAACUGUAUGAGAUAAUAGUUAUUGUAUACCUGACAGGUAACCUUUACACUGUGUAAUUUAUUUAUUUAUGGAGAAAGUUUGAUAAGAUUUUUGGAUA